AUGAGUAGUGCGAAUUCGCAGCCGAAGCGUAGCAAACCUGACAAGGGCACCAAUGUUGCCAAGAAGAUGGCGGUGGUGGCUGUAAAAGCUUCCAGGGAGAUUCCCAGAACGGCCCUGGUGUGGGCUCUAACUCACGUAGUUCAGCCCGGCGAUUGUAUAACUCUUCUGGUUGUGGUUCCAGCUCAAAGUUCAGGUAUACCUCUAGUCGAUACCUAUUCCGCUUCUUACUUCUUGCUUUCCCUUGGUAGAUGUCAACUAUUUCUUUCACCUCAGGUGCUGUUGUGCCAAUCCUUCAAGUCACUUCUAUUUGACCCUCCUUUUGCUGUGUCGAAUGAAUCCAUUUUCUUUGUUUGAUUCUGUGAAACAUAAUUUGGUUGAUUCUGUGAAACACAAUCGGCCAUUUUUAAGAUUCCAUCUUGCUGUUUCCUUUUGCCACGUAAUCAGCGUCGUAAUUUACUUAUUUUAUCAUUUCCUUCUGUUUAGAAGUGACUUCUAUCAAAUGUCUUAUAAUUCGACGUUGAUAGGUUUUAGUAUAUCAACGUGAGCAGCAUUCUUCCGACUGCUUAGUAAAAUGAUACAUAAUUGCAGCAAGCGUCCUACAUGUUACUUAAAAGUUUUUGAUAGGGUUGUAAGGGAGGCUGUUUCUACUACUCGACUGAGCGACGGAAUGCUUCUGAUGAUGAGAUAUUGUUAACUGUCUUGACGUCUCAGGUAGAAAAUUAUGGGGUUUCCCAAGAUUUGCGGGGGACUGUGCCAGUGGCCACAGGAGGUCUUCCACUGGGACAUCUUUGGAGAUGAAGUCUGAUAUUACUGAUACGUGUUCACAGAUGAUGCUUCAACUCCACAAUAUGUACGACCCAAACAACGUAAGACAACAACUUGAUAGAUCUAGUUUCUCGUUAAACAAAUUGCUUCUUGACUGCUACUUUGAUUAUUCAUUUAGAUUAAUGUGAAGAUAAAGAUUGUUUCUGGAACACCUGCUGGAGCUGUAGCUGCAGAAUCUAAGAGGGCUCAAGCAAGCUGGGUUAUUUUAGACAAGUAAUAUCCAAAUUUCACACUCUUCUCAUACCUAUACCCCGAGUGCUGGCACUCUAGCUUUACGUGUCAUUAGAUUGUUCUUAGGUUGGAUUAGGUUGCUUUUCUCUCCUAAUUAUCUGUCGUUCGCUCAUCUCAUAUUAACGGUAUGCUUGUCUUCUUUUUUUGUUCUACAGACAGCUGAAGCAUGAGGAGAAACGAUGCAUGGAAGAGCUCCAAUGUAACAUCGUCAUAAUGAAACGUUCUCAACCCAAGGUUCUUCGCCUUAAUCUGGUCAGAUCUCUUGAGGCAGAGCCUCAGGUAGCCAGUAUGUUGCUUCCCGAGUUAAAUAAUGUCUCUGGAAAGCAAUCACAUGGCAGUGGGCCUCCAAAUUCCAUGCGUGUGCCUGAUGUUACACCCACAAGCAGUCCAGAUCUUGGCACACCCUUUACUACUACAGAGGCUGGAACGUCCUCAAUGUGCAGCUCAGAUCAUGGAACUUCCCCAUUUUUUAUUUCUGAAACGAAAGGAGUCAAGAAAAGUGAGAUCAUAGAUGCAAAACGGAGCCAUGGUUCGGAUGGUAGCAGCUCGGGUUCAGACGGUGAAAAUUUAAGUCCAUCAGGGCGCUUAGCACUUCAGCCAUGGGUCGCAGACAUUCUCAGUCAUGGACAAACACUGUCAAAGAAGGCUCAGGACACGUCACAAAGAUGCAGUAACAAAACACAGAUUUCCACUCCGAAUACCUUAGUAACAAAACUCUUCCAACAUAAUUUACACGCUGGAACGGACAUAUUAAAUUGUAGGUCAGAUAUGGACUUCAAUGGAAUUGUUUGGGAAGCAAUUUCGCUAUCCAGGAAUGCGCCCUCAGGUCCACCUCCACUAUGUUCAAUAUGCAAGCACAAGGCGCCAGUUCUUGGUAAACCCCCAAGGUGGUACAGUUAUGCUGAACUGAAACUUGCUACUGGUGGUUUUUCUCAAGCAAACUUCUUAGCAGAAGGAGGUUUUGGAUCUGUCCACAGAGGGAUCCUGCCAGAUGGGCAGGUUAUUGCAGUCAAGCAGCACAAGUUGGCAAGCUCUCAAGGGGAUCAUGAGUUUUGUGCAGAGGUAGAAGUUCUCAGUUGUGCACAGCACAGGAAUGUUGUGAUGCUAAUUGGAUUUUGUGUCGAGGACCAGAGAAGGUUGCUGGUUUAUGAAUAUAUAUGCAACGGCUCACUAGAUUCCCAUCUUUAUGGUAAAUCUUGAAAUCACCGUACUCUUUUGGAAAGGCUUUUAUUGGUAUCCUAUUGUUAUUCAAAUAAAUGAAUUCCGUUUUAUGCCAACCACGCACCAUUGCAUGAUUGAAAUUGAAUGCGAUCGAGUAUAUAUUAUAUUAUUAUUCGGAAAAUCUGUCGGUGCUCAUAUUUCAAUCAAUUUUCGUCGAAGUGAUGCAAUUUAUAGUCUGGUUUAUCCUGGUGGAAGCUGAUUUCCCGGGCACUGAAGUGGAAAUCUUUUGCAAAGAAACACACCUCUCGAUAUCAUUAUAAGUUGAUGAUCUUCUGGCCAUUUUCUCGGUCAUCCAUUAUCAAUAAACGAUCUUAUUUUUCUUAAGUUAUUUCAUUCUGCACAUGUUGUAGCUUGUACCCAAAUGUUAACUGGGGGGUUCGUUUCCAGGUUGUAACCGGGAACCGGUAGAAUGGCCAGCUCGUCAGAAGAUAGCUAUUGGGGCUGCCCGAGGCCUGCGGUACCUUCACGAAGAAUGCAGAGUGGGCUGCAUUGUUCAUCGCGACAUGAGGCCGAACAAUAUCCUUUUAACGCACGAUUUUGAACCUCUGGUACGCAUCACACAUCCUCAUCCUGGGGUACUUAACUGCGAAUAUGGUCUCGCAGUUUUUCUGUGAUCGUUUCCAUGAAAAAACUUGUAGACUUACUAAAACUCUUUAAGCUCAGCGAUUGCGCUUUGAUUGUCCCAUAACCUGCCAAGUGGAAAUUAUUAAAGCCUUUUUUGUGAUUUCUGUGUUUUUACUUGUCUGCAAUGACUUCCCAGGUAAUGUCUAUAUGUAUAUAUUAGUUUUUUCUUUUCUUUUCUUUUGGUUCUUCACCUCGAACUAGUGACAAUACACAGAUUGUGUAAGUUUUCUGCAGCUGACAUGACCAUAAUCAGUUCUUCACUGCGUACAGGUUGGAGAUUUUGGUUUGGCCAGGUGGCAACCCGACGGGGACAUGGGAGUGGAAACUCGAGUGAUCGGUACCUUUGGGUAGGUCCUUGAAGCUGAUUCAUCGUCUGCCACUAGAUGUCAAUUGUUUUCCCCUUGAAAAGCGGCGUCUGAGUGGCUUCCUAAACCCCAGAUACCUGGCGCCCGAGUACGCCCAGAGCGGUCAGAUCACCGACAAAGCCGAUGUUUAUUCCUUCGGAGUGGUCCUCCUCGAGCUUGUCACUGGGAGAAAAGCCGUCGAUAUCAACCGACCCAAAGGCCAGCAAUGCCUCACAGAAUGGGCAAGUAACUCCAUCAGCUGGAUUGAUAUCCCCCCUCCUCUCUCUCUACCUUUGGUUUGUGUUUCAAUUGGACUGGCUUCAUGGGUUUGACUUGACCAGGCCCGCCCUUUACUGGAAGAGAACGUGGUGGGGGAGCUGGUAGAUCCGCGCUUAGACAAGCAAUAUUCUGAGCAGGAGGUCUGCGCCAUGUUGCACGUGGUGUCCCUGUGCCUGCGGCGAGACCCCCACGCGAGGCCUCGGAUGUCUCAGGUGAGUCCCAUCACAUGUUCAAGGUUGAACCUUCCAUUUCUAGUAAUUAAUGGCGGUGGGUUUGGGCGAGAGCAGGUCCUUCGGAUUCUUGAGGGCGACGGCAUGGCGGAGCCGAGCUACCUCUCGACGCCCAGAUACGACCGCGGAAGCUGGAGCGGUCGCAUGUGGACGGACUCAGAGAAGAAGCUCUCCUGUGAGGAGGCUCUGAGAGCUGCUUACAGGGAGGAGAGGAGGAGGCCUUCCUCCUGCGAAGGGCUGCUCUGUAAGAAACAACCGACCAACUACCUCUUCCUUCCUUCUUUGUGUCUUUGUUUUCUUUUUAUUCUUUUUUUUUUCCUACAGAAAAGAAGCUGGAAGAGGAGCUGCACUCGCCGGAGGGAUUCGUUCGCUUGCGCUGACUUUUCUCAGGGUAACACGAGAGCAGAGCACCUCGAAACUCCAUGUCUUCGCCCUGUAUCAUCCAUCCAUCUCUUUGUUUUCUGCGACUACUGGUUUUACAUAUAA